CCACCCCUCGCAAACACCAUCAUCACUACACGCCUACCGAAAUCAGGAAGCGCCGACGCGCGCCGCUGUUUUCUUUUCCUCCUUUUAUUUGCGUCCACAUUUUGACGAGAGCAGCGUCGAGGAAAAACAAGUGAAGGGUUUGACAUAUUCGAUGUUGACGACCACUGACAGGACUGAGGCUGUGGAUGCAGUCGACGGGCUAACCGGAGAGAGAGAGAGAAGGGGGAUGUGCGCGACAGCCCUGCUCUGAGCCACGACAACAACUCCUCUGUCAGCAGCAUGGGGCAGCGUCUAGGAAGGAGAGACUCACCAACAGACAAGGCCUUAUCAUCUGAAACCAAAGAUGAGGGAGGACCACCAGCAGUAACCACACCGGCAGAACAGCCUGAAACACACGAUGAAGUCUUUGGAAGGGGUGAGACAGAUGCGAACCAGAACAAUGGCUGCAUCUCGGAGAAGUCGGCGGUGACUGACUCCACAGGCGCUGAGGACCCCCACUCGGCCUGGACCUCCGCCAGCACAGCUGACCCUGACGUUGCCACGCCGCGCCCCCACCUGGCCCGCCUCUUCUCCCGAGAUGCCCCGGGCCGAGAGGACAACACCUUCAAAGAGCGACCCUCUGAAUCGGACGAGCUGCAGACUAUCCAGGAGCACAGCGGAGCGGCUUCAGAGUGCGGGUCGGAGAGCCCUGAACAGGACCUAGACUAGGCUAGCCUUUG